UCCCUCGGACACAGCAGAUCACUGAUCAACAGAAAGAGCCAAAGACGUUGGCUCUGUCAUGUGAUCAGUUGUGGCACUGAUGAUCAGUGUGCCCUGAUGAUCAGUGUAGCCCCAGCAGUGCCACCUGUCAGUGCCCAUCAAUGCCAGCUGUCAGUGCUCAUCAAUGCCACCUGCCAGUGCCCAUCAGUGCCACAUAUCAGUGCCUACCAUUGCACAUCAAUGCCACAUAUCAGUGCCCAUCUGAGCUGCCUUUCAGUGCCACCUAUCAGUGCCAGUCAGUGUCACCUAUCAAUGCCAGUCAGUGCCACCUAUCAGUUCUGCCAGUCAGUGCCACCUAUCAGUGCCACCUAACAGU